AUGGGCACCGGCAGUAGGGUCCCAAGAGAAGUGGAGCCUGAAUACAUCGAUGAUGAAGAGAGGCUAUAUUCUGAUGUUGUGCAGAAUUUACGACGGCCAUGUCGGGCUGAAAACCGAGAUGAGUGUGACAAUGAGGCUUUUGUGAUUGAUGAUGAGGAGGUUGAGGACGAAGACCUUCCAGCUAUUGAAUGGGACCCUGCAAACUCUCAGAUGGAAGAAGUUGCUUAUGGCGUGAUAGAGGCAGAGUCUGAGGAGAGCUGGACUUGGUUUUUGCAGAAUCUGCGUCGGGCUAUUGCACACCCCAAUGGGUUGGUAAUUCAUACAGAUGCUUGCAAGGGUUUAGAAGUAGCCGUGGACAAUGUGUUCCCUGGAGUAGAGCAUAGGGAAUGCAUGCGUCACCUUGCUGCAAAUUUUGGAAGGAAAUUCAAAGGAAAGGUGUAUGCCGACAAUUUAUGGCCAGCAUCUUUGACUUGCAGUGUGAAGAAGCACAACUAUCACAUGAGGCAGUUAUACAAAAAUGACAAAGUGAAGGAAUACUUGGAAACACACCACUCCAAGUUAUGGGCCAGAAGCCAAUUCAGUGAAGUGAGCAAAGUUGACUAUGUGCAUAAUAAUCUUGCAGAGUCUUUCAACUCAACGAUCCGAAAACUAAAGGGUCUUUAUUUGGCGGAUUUGCUUGACAAGAUAAGGGUAGAAUACGUGCAGAAAUUUCUUGUUCGAGCAGGAAUAGCCGAGGCAAAAUUCAUGGGACACAUUAUAAUCCCUUCCGUGAUGAAUGAAUUGAAGCAGAAAACAAGAGGCUUGGAAAUGGACAUGACUAGUUGCUCAGCUAUGACGGCAGAGGUAUCAUUUUUGGAUAAAGAGAAGAGAGAAUGGAGAUAUCCAGUGGAUUUAGAAGCUAGAACUUGCAGUUGUAGGCAAUGGCAGAUAACUGGGUUGCCAUGCAUUCAUGCCUUGUUUUUCAUCACUACUCUGUCAGGUCAAGCAGGUAACAUACAACAGUAUGUGCAUGAUUACUACUCUGUUGCAAAGUUCAAAGCCACAUAUGCACAUGCCUUACCUGCUUUGGAGGGAAAACAACAAUGGGAUCUAGUGGACCCUGGUUUUAAGCUUUGCCCUCCAAUUCUGAAGAGAGCAGCAGGUAGACCGAGGAAAAGUACAAUAAGACCUCACAGCGAAGGAGCUGGACUUGGACCGAGGAGACGUAAGUGCACAAGGUGUGGUGGGUCUGGUCAUUUCGCUAAGUACUGUGAUAACGCAGUAGAUCCAGCGUUCGGAGAGUGUUUUGAUGUUUCAAAUGAUGAGCAAAAUGAUGAUCAAAAUGAGGAUGCAGUGGAGGCUACAAGUGAUGAUCCAAUUGAUGAGCCACAAAAUGAUCAAAAUUGA